AUGCUGACGUCUCUCCUCUCUCCCUCCUCGCAGACAGGUUCGGUGGGCGACCCGGUUGAUGGACCCAGCAGAAGCCAAAUGGAAGAAGGGCCAAUUAAUUAUGUGGAAGAAAGGAGGCUGAAGGAGGGCAGCGGGCUGAGCCUGGCGAAUGGGGGCCGGGCGGAGGCGGGGGGCACGGCGCUGAUGGAGCCGAGGGGCUGGUCGCCGGGCCAGCCGCCCGCCGCCGGCAAAGCCCACUUGGAAGACGUCAGGAACCUGGUGGCCUUUUCGGCGGUGGCCGAAGCCGUUUCCUCCUACCGCCUCCCGCCCCCGGGUUCGCCGUCGCUGCUGUACGAGAAGUUUGACUCGGAGAUGAGCCGGGGGGGGCUGAGCGCGGCGGACGGCGUCCCGCGGGGGGAGGACCUGCACGCCCUCAAGGCUGCCCUGGCUUUGGCCAAACACGGCGUCAAACCCCCCAACUGCAACUGCGACGGCCCCGAGUGCCCCGACUACCUGGAAUGGCUGGAGCAGAAGAUCAAGACGGCUCUCGCACCAGAGCCAUUUUUCGGCACCGCGCCUCCCCGGGGGGGUUUCGCAGCGACGUGGGGGCUGGAGGCCGAGGGGGCAGCGGGGGCUGGAGACCCCAUGGCGGAGCUGGAGCAACUGCUGGGUAACGCCGACGACUACAUCAAGGCAGCUUUCAAGAGACCCGACGCCGCGGCCGGCAAAGGGACGGUGCCUAAAACGGAGCCCCCCGAAAGAGCCCCCGGGAAGGAUGUGCCCGGUGGCCCCCGUUUGCCCCCGGGGCCGCCGGAGCCCGACCUGCACAAGAAGACGCAGCUGGUCCUGCAGCAGCAUCUCCAUCACAAGCGCAGCCUCUUCCUCGAGCAGAACCUGGCGGCGACGGCGGCGGCGGCGACAACGACCCCCCCGGAUCGGGGUGCCCCCGGGGGGGGCCCCCAAAUUCACCCGGUGCCGGCGGGCUCCACCGUUUCAGAGGAAGCCCCGGCCGCCCCCCCGCCGGCCACCGCGCCCCCCAUCAUGGUGGAUGACAAGCUGGAAGAGCUCAUCCGGCAAUUCGAAGCUGAAUUCGGGGAGAAUUUCAACCUGCCCCCCCCCGAGACACCCGCCCCGCUCGCCCCCGGGGCUACCGAGCUGCCGGGGGGGCCAGCACCAGCCCCACAAGUGCCCCCCGCCGCCGCCGCCGCCGUCGCCCCGGCGUCAAGCAGCGCUCCCCAAACCGGCCCCAAAAGCUUUUUGUUCUCACCGGGGAAGGGGCUGCUUUCGGACCCCCCCCCCUUCACCGCCCGCUCCCCAAAACAGAUCAAAAUCGAGUCUUCUGGUGCUAUCACCGUGGUGUCCACCACGUGCUUUUACUCCGAGGAAAGCCAAAACCCGGAGGCGGACGAGGCCGACGGGACGCCCACCAAGGACGAGGUGCCGCUGACGCCCACCCUGAGCGGCUUUUUGGAGUCGCCUCUCAAAUACCUGGACACGCCGACCAAAAGCCUCCUGGACACCCCGGCCAAGCGGGCACAGGCCGAGUUCCCCACCUGCGACUGCGUCGAGCAAAUUGUGGAGAAGGACGAGGGACCCUAUUACACCCACCUGGGCUCGGGGCCCACCGUGGCGUCCAUCAGGGAGCUCAUGGAGGAGCGGUACGGCGAGAAGGGGAAGGCCAUCCGCAUUGAGAAGGUCAUCUACACGGGGAAGGAGGGGAAGAGCUCCCGGGGCUGCCCCAUCGCCAAGUGGGUGAUCCGGAGACACAACCAAGAGGAGAAGCUGCUGUGCCUGGUGCGGCACCGGGCCGGCCACCACUGCCAGAACGCCGUCAUCAUCAUCCUCAUCCUGGCCUGGGAGGGCAUCCCCCGCACGCUGGGGGACACGCUCUACCAGGAGCUCACCGACACCCUCACCAAGUACGGCAACCCCACCAGCCGCCGCUGCGGCUUGAACGACGACCGGACCUGUGCGUGCCAAGGCAAGGACCCCAACACCUGCGGCGCUUCCUUCUCCUUCGGCUGCUCCUGGAGCAUGUAUUUUAACGGCUGCAAAUACGCCCGGAGCAAAACUCCCCGCAAGUUCAGGCUGGUGGGGGACAAUCCCAAAGAGGAAGAGCUGCUCCGGAAAAGCUUCCAGGACUUGGCCACCGAGGUUGCUCCGCUUUACAAGAGGCUGGCACCACAAGCCUACCAAAACCAGGUUACCAACGAGGACGUGGCCAUAGACUGCCGGCUGGGCCUGAAGGAGGGGAGGCCGUUCUCGGGAGUGACGGCGUGCAUGGACUUCUGCGCUCACGCUCACAAAGAUCAGCACAACCUCUACAACGGCUGCACGGUGGUCUGCACGCUGACGAAGGAAGACAAUCGCGUGGUGGGGAAGAUCCCUGAAGAUGAGCAACUGCACGUCCUCCCCCUCUACAAGAUGUCCAGCACGGACGAGUUCGGCAGCGAGGAGAACCAAAACGCCAAGGUGGGCAGCGGGGCCAUCCAGGUGCUCACGUCCUUCCCCCGCGAGGUCCGCAAGCUGCCCGAGCCCGCCAAGUCCUGCCGGCAGAGGCAGCUGGAAGCGAGGAAAGCCGCCGCUGAGAAGAAGAAGCUGCAGAAGGAGAAGCUGAUGACGCCGGAGAAGAUCAAGCAGGAAGCGCUGGAGCUCCCCACGCUCCAGCAAAACGCAGGUAUGGCGUUGAAAAACGGGCUGCCCCCGCAGCCGCUGAAACCUUCCAUCAAGGUGGAGCCGCAGAGCCAUUACAACGCCUUCAAGUACAACGGCAACGCGGUGGUGGAGAGCUACUCGGUGCUGGGGAGCUGCCGCCCCUCCGACCCCUACAGCAUGAACAGUGUUUACUCUUACCAUUCCUACUAUGCACAGCCCAAUCUGCCUUCCGUGAACGGGUUUCACUCCAAGUUCGCGCUUCCCUCCUUCGGGUAUUACGGUUUUUCCAGCAACCACGUGUUCCCCUCGCAGUUUCUCAAUUACGGGGCGCCCGAGAGGAGCGGGAGCAGCUGGGUGAGUAACGGCUACGAGAAGAAGCCCGACGUCCCGGCCUUGCAGGAGAACCUCAACCACGCUUACGGGAACUCCGAUUUCCCCGAGCCCAUCCCGCAAAGCGUCCGGAGCAAAAACCAUCACCAGCGCACCUACGAGCGGGCGAACCGCUACGCCAGCCAGCAGAAAGCGGCGGCGGUGGCCGGGACGCACAGGACUAACUCGGGCUCGGAGGAGGCACCGCCGUUUGCACAGAACUGUUUCGGCGGCCGACCCAUCAAGCAGGAGCCUCCGGACCCUCCGCCCGCCAUCGAGCCCCUUCCCAGCGCGGCGGCCGUGCCCGGCACCGGUUUAGCCCUGCCAGCCAUCCCGGCGCGCGGCGCGGGGCCAGAGCAGCGGUGGAGCCCCUUCAAAGCCCCCCGGGGCAUGUCUUCCCCCGAGAGGACUAGCACGGCUGAGGGCUCGUGGAGCGGCCUGGCGCCAGGCUCGGGCGGGAGGGAGAAGCCCAGCGCCUUCGACAUGGCCGCCCGCUUGCCACCGCCGGAGAAGCAGUGGCCCAACGUUCUGGGGGGAGAGGCGGCGGCGGCGGCGACGCGGGGCACGGGCUUGCUGCCCAAACCGUGGAGCCCCUGCAAGUUGGGGGAGACGGGGCUGGCCGGCACGGGCACCUCCAGCCUGCUGGGGCCACUGGGGUUCGGCUCGGCCUUGCCGGGCCUGCCCGGCUUCCCCGAGGAGCCGUGGGGCGCGGUGAAGGCCGAGGAGCGGAGGACGCCGGCGCCCAGCCCGGGGUUGCCGGAGAAGCCAUGGGAGGCGGCGGUGGGCGAGAAGGGGGCGGCGGGGCCCCGCCGGGAGAAGCCGUGGGACCCCUUCGGCCUGGAGGAGGAUCUGCCGGAGAAGGCGGUGAAGGAGGAGGAGGAGGAGGAGGAGGCGGCGGAGGAGGAGGAAGAGGAGGAGGAGUGGUCGGACAGCGAGCACAACUUCCUGGACGAGAACAUCGGCGGGGUGGCCGUGGCGCCCGCCCACGGCUCCAUCCUCAUCGAGUGCGCCCGCCGUGAGCUCCACGCCACCACCCCGCUGAAGAAACCCAACCGCUGCCACCCCACCCGCAUCUCCCUGGUCUUCUACCAACACAAGAACUUGAACCAGCCCAACCACGGCCUGGCGCUGUGGGAGGCCAAGAUGAAGCAGUUGGCGGAACGGGCCCGAGCCCGGCAGGAGGAGGCGGCGCGGUUGGGUCUCCCGCCCGACGCCAAAGCCUUCGCCAAGAAACGCAAGUGGGGCGGCGCGUUGGCGAGCGAGGCCCCCAGCAAGGAGAGGAGGGACUCGGUCCCCACGCGGCAGGCGGUGGCCAUCCCCACCAACUCCGCCAUCACUGUGUCCUCCUACGCCUACACCAAGGUGACGGGCCCCUACAGCCGCUGGAUCUGAGAGGGAGGCCAUCGGCCGCGGCCCCAUCUUACCUCAACCCUCGGCGGCGCCGCAGCCCCGGCGGCGUUGCUUCGUGGUGCUUUCUCCUCGGGCGUGGGGGAGAAGAAAGAAGAAGAAGAAAAAAAGAAAUUUAAAAAAGAAGAAGAAGGAAAAAAAAAAAAAAGAUAAAGAGGCAAAACCCAACCAAAACCCAAUGGAAAACCCAACCCAUGGAAAGCGAAGCCCAAACCCGCACGCUUGGAAACAGCGGGCGCACGCCGUCGGAGAGCUGCGCUUGGCGAGGAGUUGGCAAACAAAGGCAAAACUCGAUAAAAAAAAAGAAGAAAAAGAAUAGAGGAACGAUGCUGUUUGACGCUUUUCGGUAAUCUCAUAUUUAUAUCUCCGCGUUUUUUUAAUCUAGCCUCGUGCGCCGUGCGAACGGAGGGAGAAGUUUAUAGCGUCCUUUCGCAAAGGAGAGGUUUUUAAUUCCACUUAAAAAUGCCUAUUUAUUGGAUUUUAUUUUAUUUUAUUUUUUACUCUGGCGACAACGACGAAGCCGAUCUUCGAAAAAGAAGCCAAUGUGGAAAAAACAAACCACCCAACCCCAAAACCCUGAAGAAGAAAUAAUAAACAACCCCAACACCCUGAAGAAGAAAUAAUAAACAACCCCAACACCAAACCAGCUUAAAGGCAAGAGGUGACUCCCUCCAGCUCCGACGCGUGGGGGCUGGCGGCUUCGUGGGCUUUACCCCCAGCCGGACACGUGGAACAUCCAUGACUUUUUAUUUUUCCCCGAGGACCUAAAAAUACCUAUUUUGCAACUUGAGGAGUCCUUUCUUACAGCGACGGGAGACCCGCUGCUGAGCGGGGUGUCCCAGGACGGUGCGUUUUUGCUCGGCUCCGGGAUCGGCUCCGGCGGGACGGAGCGAGUUGGCGUCUUUCCCGGCGCCGGAGACCUCAGGACACGUCCGGGCUGGAGACCGCCGCUGCCGGGGGGGCCACGCUCGAGCUCGGACAUGGGGGGGCUCCUUUGCUGGUGGCCCCGGGGAGAGCGAUGGCGGCGGCGGCGGCAUCUCUAAAGGAGCCGACAGGACAAAAACAGAAAGAAAAGUUUUAAAAAAAAAAAAUUAAAUAUAUAUAUACACAAAAACAGGAAAAAAAAAAACAACACACAAACCAACCCCAAACUGUGAAUAGCUAGUGUUGCUCUCUGUACAUCACUGUUGCUAAAGUCUGGUGCUUUCCGUCUCCGGGGGACUUUUCUCCGUGCGAUCGGCUCUGGGAAGAGCGAAUCCCAAGACUUGGUUGGCCAAACCCCCGCGCCGGUCGCCCUUCCCCGCCGGUGCCGGCGCGCGCCGCCGGGGCUCGGUGCUUUUUUUCUCUCCCCGGGUGCCAUCCCUCCUUCCUACGGAUCGCCGUUCUUCCCGCAAAAAUCAAAAAAAAAAAAACAAAAAAG